GGUGUUAUUCAUAAAUUUCACUUGGAAUACAUGUCUAAAUGGGGAAAGUGAUUAUCCAAUCGUAGAAGGGCGCGGCAAUCGAUUAAGACAUUGGCUUUUUGUAUAAAUUGAGAAAAACCCUACACAAAGCUUUCAUCUUUUUGUCUCUGCUUCAACACUCACCCAGACACACAGUUGACGGCCGAAUAGCUCUCUCUUCUUGCUUUCACAAACAAUGGCCCCCAAAACCAAAUCCCGCUUAGUAGACCAGCCUCCUUCUGCAUCAUCCUCUGAAGUACAAGAAUUGGUGGAGGAAUCCCAGGAAGAAGAAGAAGAACAACAAUCGAGGGAGGAAGAAGGAGAAGAAGAAUCAGGGGAAGAAACUGAAGAAGAUGAAGAACCCAAGACAUCUCAUCCCGUUGUAAAGAGACCCAUUUCUCAAAAACUAGUUCAGACACCACAGAAGCCCCAAUUUUCUUCUGGAAGCGAAAAUGGGUCAGGAUCCGAUUCGGAAGCGGAAUCGGGUAGUUCUCUGCCUUCACCUUCUGCAUCGGCUUUCACCGUUAAGCCGAAUGUUGCUGCUAAAGCUGCUGCCUCAUCGAAAGCAACACCAAAGAGACCACAAGAGGCGCAGAAAGAGAAAGGGAGGAAGAAGCCAAAGGUUGCAGAAGAAGAGGAGAAAAAGUCUGCUGCUACUCCCCGGAGUCUUUGGAGCGAUGAUGACCAGCUUGCUCUACUCAAAGGUAUUCUUGAAUACAAGACGGUAAAAGGUAUGGAACCUAGUGCCGACAUGUCUGCUUUCCAUGAAUUCAUCAGGGGAAAGUUGCAGGCUGAAGUUUCCAAGAGUCAAAUUAGUGACAAGGUAAGGAGGCUAAGGAAGAAAUUUUUGACUAAUGUGAAAGAUGGUGAAGAACCAGUUUUCACGAAGAGUCAGGAUUUUCUGGUUUUUGAGCACUCGAAGAGAAUUUGGGGCGCUCCAGGAGCUAUUAAUGGAGGGGUUAAGGAUAAUGUUAACAAUAGCUCAAAUGGCAAAGCUAAAAAGAGUGUUGAGGUUAGAAAGAUUUCUGAGCCUAAGAGAAGUGCUAAAGUUAGCAAACCAAAGGAUGAUGAGAAACAGAAGGAAGAAGAGAAACAGAUUGCCGUAAAAGAGGUGGUUAAGGAGGAUAUAGUUAAGGGUGAUCAACUGGAUUUCCAGUCCAAGUAUCCACGUUUGGCUGCAUCACUUGAAGCUAUGUCUGGCUUGUCUAAAAUGUAUCCUAAUGGAACAAGUUUGUUGAAGGAGAAGAUGAGUUUGAUUGCUACCGACAAGGCUAAAGUGUUGGAGGAGAAGUGGAAGAUUCUGGAGGAUGAUGAAGCUGACUUGAUGGUGAAGCGCCUCGAUUUCAUUGCGGAGCAUUACAGAUUGGUGGUUGAUGCAAUGAGAGGUAACUAGAUGCUGAUGGAUCCUGUUCUAUUCAAUGCUACAAGUUCUGAUACCGUCUCUCUGGAGUUUUAGAUAUUGUUUCUCUAGACAAUUUGAUGAACUUGUGUUUAGCCCGUGAAGUAGAAUUAGUUUUUCAGGUUGUUUCAUACAUUUACUUGCUUAUUUAGUUUUACUAGUGAACUGGUGUUUAUGAUAUCCGCUGUGUUGCUUCUUAUAUAUGUUGGUGUGGUAUGGAGUGAUUGGCUCUAUUGUGGAGUUGCAAUGAAAUGCCUACACAUUCCUAUCAUAUAAUGUAUGAUGGAAGCAAGCUUAGGGACAGCUGAAGUGGAAUGUCUGGUUCAUCUUUUGUAAUAUGUCAUUUCCUAUUCCAGAUGGAAAUAUAUUUAAAUGCGAUCUUUCUCAGUUUUUGCA